AUGCCGCCCUUCACCUCCAGCACGGAGGCGGUCGAGAGAACGGGCGGCUCCUCGAGCUGGGCGGUCCCAGAGGCCAUCACCCUACUUAAAGAUUUCGCCGCCGCCUUCAUCGCCUCUGCAGCUUUGUCCAUCCCUGUCACCAUCAUCGACAAGGCCGUCGUCGAGAAUGCCACCGGCGCAAACACGCUCGGCGCGUCUAUGAGGACUGCGCUGGUCAAACUCCUAACGACACCGCACAAGUUUCUGACGUCGCGCGAGUACUUUGUCGUUCACGGCGUGUACACCGCCACCUACCUAGCGGCGAACUGGACCGACAGCGUCUGCGAAGCCUCUAGCAGGAGUAAUAAGAUCCCCAAGCUCGCCAGCACCACCCUCGUCAACCUCGGUGCGGCGGCCAGCAAGGACCGCAUCUUUGGCAUAUGGUUCUCGGGCAAGCCGCCGGCUCCGUUCCCGCUCGUGUCGUGGAGCCUCUUUUUCGUGCGCGACCUCGGGACGAUGGCGACGGCCUUCUCCCUUCCGCCGGCGAUCUCCCAGUCCAUGGUUGAGAGGGACUACUCGCCGUCCACUGCCAAGUACGUCUCGCAGAUCGCGCCCGUGAUGGCCAUCCAGUGGCUGACGGUGCCGCUGCACCUGAUCGCGUACGACCUCUACGUGCACAAGCUGGGCUCGGGCCGCACGGCUUCGGACCGGCUGGCGUUCCUGCGCCAAAAGUACACGGAGACGGUCGGCGCGCGCUCGAUGCGCAUCUUCCCCGCCUUUGGCCUCGGCGGGCUGGGCAACACCUGGCUGAGGAACGCCCUCCUCGGCAAGCCGCAGGAGUAG